AUUUUGCUAGUAUAAGCAUUUCUAAAAUGACAGGGAAUUAUCUAUUAAAAAAGGAAUUUUCCAUUUCUGCUAUUCAUACCAAAGAGGAAGGCUCAUUUAAGAUACGUCAAGCAAAUUUAAUAUCUGAAACAACUCCAUAUUGUGUGUCGAUAGUGCAAUAUACUGAAGAUUUUUUUACUAAUCAAAAUAACUACGUUAUUAACCUCGCCGUCUUUGACUUAAAAAUCCUAACGUCUGUAUUAGAUUGGAAAGCCAAUGAAGCACAUCAGGACCCGCAUACUCAUAGUUUACAAAUAAAAUUAGCGAAAUCUAAAUCAGAUGAAAAUAUUUGCCUCUCUAGAAGGAAUAGGAAUAGUGCUUGGGUAACAGACAAUUGCAAGGUUAAGGCUGUUAGUAUUCUACAUGUGUUCUGUAGUUGCUUCUACUUAGGAUACUUCAGACUCUCUGCUAUAAAAAACAAUCAUGACAAUGGAAUUAGCUAUCGUCCGAGUCCAACUAAGAAUAUUAUUAGUUUCCCUAAUGAUAAUCACAUCACACCGAACAUAUUUUUAUCAUCGACCAGUGAAGCAACCACGCCAGCUCUCUUUACUAUGGCGGCAGUACCUUCACAAAAUAUUAGUAAUAUAGCUACCACAAUGUAUGUAACUCGACAAGAACUUCGAACUACAACACCAGCAAAUCAUAAAAUUGAUGCGGACAUAGAGAAAGGAUAUAUAAAAACUGCUAAACCAAAUGAAUCGGUUAAAAAGGCUUCGCCUUUAAUUUACGCUAUACCAGUUGCAUUGCUUCUGAUUAUUGCAAUAGUCUUUGUCUUCCUGAUGAUUUUGUACCGUCGUCGACCUAAGAAAUCAAAUGCAUCCACAAUUCCUGGACUAAAUAUUCAAUUGGAAAGCAGACAACGCCAAGCUGGAAUCAAAUAUGCAACGAUCUAUGAUCAACAUUUAGUUCGUGGUAGCUUUUGAGAGUUUAGAU